AUGGACCUAGGAAAACUACUAGUGGAUCCAGACUCUUCACGUGAAGAAGCAGAUGUUCCUGGAGCGCGGCCCCGAGCCCGCCCAGACCCCGGCACGGCGGCGGCGCUCACGGCCUCCGGGCCGGGCCAGGGAGGCGCUGCCCGUGACCUGCGCGGGCCGCCCGGGCCCCGCGGUGCCUGGAGCCCCCGGGGAGCGGGCGAGCCGCGGCGGCGCUUCCGCAGGGCGGCCCGAGCCCUGGCGCAUCUCUGCGGACUGAGCCUGUGGCGGAAAAGAUAUGUUGGAAAGAGUCCAGUAAUACAGUGGGCAAUAUUUCACCUGAGGAGGCAAACACGUCUUGGAAGUGAUCUCUUAUUCAACAUCAACGAUUAUUCUACAACUAAUCUUAGGGGAGACUUUGAAAAGCUGAAGCGUCUGUUGUAUAUUUGCCCUAAAGAAAGAAGCCAGCAAGAUCUCAGGCAGAUACAAACAUGUCUGAAGAAGAACAGAACAUUUCAGUGUUUACCUCAUAAAACACAGCUCCAACUUUGCCAUGCUGUAGUCUACCAAGAAUGUGAAGCUGGAACUAUAGUUAUAAGGCAAGGACAUGUUCCAAGUGAAUGUUACUUAAUACUAUCUGGAAAACUAAAAGUCAUAUGGGGUGAUGCAAAUUUCAAAGACCGAACUUUCAUCUCUGAAAUAUUAUGUGAAGCUGAAGAAGGAGACUUCAUAGGGGUGAAGUGUUCCAUGAAUCCUGUGAUCUGUGCAGGAAAAAGGGGCAAGUUGGAGCAGAUGUGGGGCAUGGACGAGGAGGAAAUGUGUCUUCUGACUAAUACAAACGAUCUACUUCCAUUAUAUGUAAAUCCGAUGUGGAACUUCUAGUGAUAAACAAAGAGGAUUUUGAUUGUAUUCUUGCAGAUUUACUACAUGAACAAUACUGCGCAACAUGUAACUUUCUAAGGUAAAAUUUCUUUCUCUAAAUGUUGAAUAUUGGAGAUAAAGUAGUGGGGAUGUCUGGAAUUCAGUUGUAUCUGACUCAAUUCAAUUUUGUCAUGAGAGUUUCAUAAAAUACUCAUGUAUUUUAGCUGCUUUUUUUUUUCCCCUCCUGUUGGCAUUUAUAUGAAUUGAGUCUGAUCUAAAGUGCAUUGGAGUUAAUUUGAGUCUUUGCACUGACUCCCUUGGGCUUUGGACCAGGCCUUAAACGACAGACAGGAGGGUGCUGAUAGAUUUUCUUCUGGAUCCAUCAUCCAUCCACAUACUGAGAUAAAUUUAUCUCUGGUGUAAGCUGGCACCAUUCCCAUGGAAGUGUCUGGGUAUCCAUGGAAGAGUCUGGGAUAAAUUGAUUGGUGACUCAAGUUACAUGUAGAGUGUAAGUGGGCUGGAAAAUGGAGGUAACUUAGUGAUGAUAUAAUGUAACCUGCACCAAUUUGGUAUUCAGUGGAUAUGUAAAAUGAAUGUAUUUUACACGUCAGAAGCACAAAGAGGGAUAUAGCAGGAAAAUCAGCUAGAAAGGGAAUGUAAAAAUAGAUAAUUUUAUCUUGCAUCUUCUUGUUAGCUGCUUUUCCUGUUUCUUGCUAUACUCGUUCUACUCCCUCUUGAUCCUUUUAUCAUUUAUCUGUUUUAUUUGCACUUUCUGGGUCAGAGUUUGAGGUCAAUUAUGCCAGUAUAAAUGGAAAGAAGGCAAAGGCAUGCUAUUGAUGCCUAUUCCAUGAGACGCAGAACCAGAUUCAUGGAUGAUUUAAACUGAGGUACAUGUGGAUCAGGAAAAAAGUGUUAGCUUCAAAAACACAAAUUGCAUCAGUUUAAUUAAGUUGGAUUAUCAUUGAUUUAGUUAAAUUUGUACAAACUCCUGUGUAGUUACACAUAUAUUGGUUUUAAGCUGAUUAUUUUGGUUUAGCUUGUGCCUGUAAAUUUGUCAACGCAAGCUAAACCAAUAUAAACAAGUUGUAAAUUGAAUUAAGAAUGUUCAGACAUGGUUUUUCAUUACGAUAACUAAAUCACCUUAAUAUCACAUCUUUUAGUUUAACAGAUGCAAUCUUCCGUAUAGACCUGGCUUUAAUGGGCUUAAAUGAUAAAGCAAUCUAUCCUGCAUUAAUCGGGCGUUCACUGAGUGUGCAAAAUUGGCCAUAUUUGAAUAUCAGUUGCUCCUACCCAUGCCUGCUUUCUGACCCACUUCCAUCCAUGUGUGUAACUUAAACUACUGUUUGAAUCACCAUUUACUUUGGCUAAUUGCAUGAGGGACUAUGCAUUAGCAACAUCAUUUGUCUGCCUUCUUUUCAUAUUGUCAUUACUAGGUCCCCGCUAGGCCCUGCAGUAUAGUUUUGCUUGUAUAGAGGCUAGCUAUUAGUGUUGUACACUUUGAGAAGUUGUAUGAUAAAUGCUAGUUUGGCAACACAGAGCAGUUUCAACUCAUUUGACUGAAUAUAAAAUGCUGGCUCCAAACUGAAAUUCUGGAAGGCUUUAUUCAACCCCUCCAUUGUUCGAAAACAUUUGUUUUUAAUUUCUUUCCAAAACAAAUAUAAUC